AGAUAAUCCUAUUUCAACGCAAAUACCUUCACGCAAAGGACUUAAACGAUGCCUUAAUAGAGAUGCACCAAAACAAACGGUUCGGGAAACUAGUGUUUUAUUUGGAAGCCUGCGAAUCAGAUAUCAAUGUAUACGCCAUUACUUCAUCAACACCCACUAAAAUGAGUGGCAAAAUGUACCCGGAUAAAUACUAUCACACUACCAUAGGCAGUUUUUUCGCUCACUACUGGCUUUUAAACGACGAGCAAGUUGAUUUAAACAAAGAGACCCUGCAGCAACAGUUUGAUUACAUAUAUAAAUGGACAAACACGCCUGGUCAGGAGCGAGAAAAAGUGAUAAUAUACCGAAGAAUUAAAAAACAAUAUGUGGACAAACAUAUGACUGAAUACGUGAAUAGUAUUCAACACUUACUGACAGUCGAUAGCAAUGCUAUUCUAAACACUAAACAAGAGCUCAAUAAUAGGGAAUGUUAUCGAAAACUCGUUGAUAAUUCUCAUGAUAACUGUUUUAAUAUGAAUCAAAAUCCAUACGUUUUGGGAAAACUGUAUAUAUUUGUGAAUAUAUGCGAAGAAAUGCGUGAAUCGAGUGAUGCGGACAUCAAUGCUGUCAACCAAUUGCUGAUACAAUAC